AUGAGUCUUUAUGAUCAAACGUGGAUAACUCCACCAAGUUCAACUGAAAAUAAAAAUACUUCAUAUUUUAUGGAAUAUGUUAAACCUGAAGAAAGCUCUAUCCCAUUACCACAUGAAGAUUUCACACCAUAUCAACAAAAUUUUGAUCAAGUUGAUGAUUUCUUAACUCAAACAUUAAGUUCAUUACAAGAUUUAGAUAUUCCAGUGGGUCAAUCUUCAUCAUCAACAUCAUCAUAUGCUUUCAAUCAAAAUCAAUAUGGGAGUGAUGUUUCUCAUGGUCCUGUCAGGGGUCAUAAAAAGCAACCAAGUGGUACUGCAAUUUUUGGUUUUGCUAAUCAUAAUAAAACAUUAUCAAUUCCUGGUAUGCCUCAAAGACCUCCAAGUGCUGAACAUCCAAGUAUAUCACCAGAGCAACUAUAUUCUCAUCCUCAACAAUAUCAACCUCAUCCUCAACAACAACAGCAACAACAACAACCAAUUUUAUAUCAAAAACCUCAAGAUCUUGAAGCUGUAAAUCAAAAAUUACUUCAGCAAAAUCGUCAAUUAUAUCAAGAUCAUCCUCAAUCUCUUCCACAAUAUCCUUUACAAGUCUCUUCAAAUCAAUAUCAACAACACAUCGUACCACAACCUCAACAUUUGAAGAAAAAUGAUGAUUUCAUAGUGACUAAUAAGAAUCCAUCAAGCUAUAAAUUUCCACCAGAACCACCAAUUCCUCAACAUCAACAGCUUUAUAAUUCACCUUCAACUCAACAAAAUGGCUCUAAUGGUCAAAAAACUGUUUCAGUUCCAGUGGAAUAUUUACAAAAAAUAACAAAUUAUAUCAAGAGUCGUGAAAAUAUUGAUAUGAAUAAAUUUUUGGAUUCAAAUUAUGACUAUUCAGAUCUACAAGAUGGGUUUAAUGCUAAGAGAUCAUUAUCACCAAACCCACCAGUUGAUAUUUCCCCAGUUUUGAAACAGAUGGAAGUUCAACAACAACAACAACAACAACAACAACAAGAAGCUCCAGCUCCAGCUCCAGCUCCAAUUGAACAAACAAGUACUUCAAAUUCUACUGAAAUUAACACACCUGUUUAUACACCAGAAGAGCAAAAAUUACCAUUAUCUGGUCCAACUCCACAGCCACCACAAUCACAACCACAAUCACAAAAUACUAUUGGAUUAGGUAUAAGGUUUGAGCAUAAUGUUAAACAAGAUUUUGAAUCUUCAUCAGAAUCAGAAUUUUUAGAUGCUCCAAAAACACCAUCUCCAAUAUUAAAAUCACAAGCAACUUUUUCAAGUGAAUCCAAACAAAAUAGUGAAUUAAAUUGGACUCCAGUUAUUAUUGGUGAUCACUCAUUACCAAUGAUGAAAAGAAAACCACAAGAUAAAGUUUCAACUUUACCACCUGGAGAAAUUGAUCAAUAUGUUAUUGGACCAAGAGAAGAUAAGACAUAUGUUUGUAAUUUUAAAAAUUGUGGUAAAUUAUUCACAAGAAGAUAUAAUGUUAGAUCUCAUGUUCAAACUCAUUUAAGUGAUCGUCCAUUUUUAUGUGAUUUUGAAGGUUGUAACAAAGCAUUUGUUAGACAACAUGAUUUAACAAGACAUAAAAAAAUUCAUGAAGAGUUUGAACAUAAGUGUCCUUGUGGUAAAGGUUUUUCAAGACAUGAUGCAUUAUAUCGUCAUAGAAUUAGAAUGGUUUGUCGUGGUGGUAUUAAAGGCACUGAUGAAGAAAUGGCAUUAUAUGCUUCUUUAAAUUCAAAUUCAGCACCUUCAAGUUCAAUGAAAUCAAAAUGUAAUCAUAAUCAUAGCAGUGUUACCAAAUCCAAGAAAAAACAAAAUAAACCAAUAAAAAUUGAAAAUGAUAAAGUUGCAAAGAAAUUAGAAUUUGAUUUAUUAAAAGAUACAAAAAAUUCUUCUUCUUCAGCUUCAACCCCAAAACUUAUUAAAUCAGAACAACCUGUUGCCAUUGAUGGAAGUGAAAAUGUCUUUAUUGAAGAACAAAAUCAAAUAGAUUCAAAUCAAGCUUCAAUUAAUCAACAUACACCAAGUCCGACUGAUGAUUCAUUUUUGAAUGAUUUAAAUUUUGGAUUUGAUCCUCAGUAUGAAGAAUUUAAUGAAUUUGUUCGUUAG